GCCGGAAGCGGAAGCGGGCCGGCGACCGCGAGGCGACAUGGCGGCGGCUGCGGCGGCGAGCUCGGCCGAGGGCCCCCCGCCGGUCUGCGUGCUGGUGCUGGGCAUGGCCGGCUCGGGCAAGACGGCGCUGGUGCAGCGGCUGACGGCGCACCUGCACAGCCGGGGCUGCCCGCCUUACGUCAUCAACCUGGACCCCGCCGUGCACGAGCUGCCCUUCCCGGCCAACAUCGACAUACGAGACACCGUGAAGUACAAGGAGGUCAUGAAGCAGUAUGGGCUGGGCCCCAACGGCGGUAUUGUGACUUCUCUGAACCUUUUUGCGACAAGAUUUGACCAGGUGAUGAAGUUCAUUGAGAAACGACAGGCAGCAUCUCAGUACGUCUUGAUUGACACUCCUGGGCAGAUUGAGGUGUUCACCUGGUCUGCUUCCGGCACCAUCAUCACUGAAGCUCUGGCUUCCUCCUUCCCAUCUGUGGUGGUUUAUGUGAUGGACACGUCACGCAGCACCAGCCCUGUCACCUUCAUGUCUAACAUGCUUUACGCCUGCAGUAUCCUGUACAAGACGAAGCUCCCUUUUAUCGUGGCCAUGAACAAGACGGACAUCAUCGACCACAGCUUUGCUGUGGAGUGGAUGCAAGACUUUGAAGCCUUCCAGGACGCCCUCAGCCAGGAGACCACCUAUGUCAGCAACUUGACUCGCUCCCUCAGCCUGGUGCUGGACGAGUUCUACCACUCGCUCAAGGUGGUUGGUGUUUCUGCUGUCCAGGGGACAGGGCUGGAUGAAUUUUUCGAACUCCUCUCCAAGGCUGUCGAUGAGUAUGAGAGAGAAUACCGCCCAGAGUAUGAGCGCCUAAGGAAGAAAAUGGAGCAGGUGGAGAGCCAGCGGCAGCAGGAGCAGCUGCAGCGUCUGCAGAGGGACCUGGGCCCCCUUGCGAUGGAGAGCAGUGCAGCAGCCUCAAGCUCCAUAGCAGAAUCCGCAGCGGGUCCCUCGGCACUGAUUCUGACCCGAGGAACUUUGGAGGGGGAGGAGGAGCUGGAGGAAGGCCAAGAGAGUGACACUGAUGACAUUGACCACGAAGGGGCUUUUUUGUCCCCUGCCCUAGUGACGGAGGAGCGCUGCGAAGAACCCGCCUUCCAGAACUUCUUGCAGGAGGCAAAGCAGCGCUACGCGGCCAGAAGCGGCCACUAGGGGAGGCGAGAGGAGAACCCAAGGGGGGGCCUGGAGCUGGAGGAAGUUGGGCCCCUGUGAGAGAGACUGGCUCCUUGGCGCCCACACAGGAGGCUUCUCAGGCUGCCCUUACUGUGCUGCCUUCUGGGCUGGUGGAGCUGAGCUGGGGCUGGCUGCGGACUUCUGCCCGUUAACACCGAGUCCUUGGAAUUGAUGGCAGCGGCUGGGAUCCAAUUUUGUUUGGGGGUGAGGCUCCAGCAGAGACCGCCUUGGCCAGGGGAGGCAGGGUCAACCCAUUGUGGAAGAGCAUGCAUUGAAGCGACCCAUCUUCCCAUUGUCACCCAGCGAAUUUCACUGUAAUAUUAUAUGUGUUCAGUUUGUAAGUUAUCAUGAGAUAAUGUAUAUUUUGUUAUGAA